AUGUCAACCACCAGUGGAACUGUCAGAACAUCUUCUUCUGUCGGCAAGAUGGGCCUUGAAAGAUAUCCACCGGGUGUUAUAGUGUCAGUGGGAGCACACCGGGUGGAAGUGAUCAAUUACCUUGCAGAAGGUGGCUUUGCUCAAAUCUACAUGGUCAAGUUUUUGGACUACUUAAACGAGUUUGAGAACAAAUCGAGCGUACCAUUGAAAGUUGGUGAGGUGGCCUGUUUGAAAAGAGUAUUGGUUCAGGAUGAGAAUGGACUUAGUGAGAUGAGAAAUGAAGUGGAAGUGAUGAAGAGUUUGAGUGGCGCAAAGAAUAUCGUUCAAUAUUAUGAUUCCAACGCAUCUCGUCGUAGUAAUGGCACGCCUGGCUUUGAAGUCCUUUUGUUAAUGGAGCUAUGCCCCAAUAAGUCACUACUGGACUACAUGAAUCAGAGAUUGGCUACCAAGCUCACAGAAAAGGAAAUUCUGAAAAUCAUGUAUGAUGUAUCUCUGGCAGUUGCUCAAAUGCAUUAUCUUAAAAUACCUUUGAUACAUCGUGAUAUCAAGAUUGAAAAUGUUUUAGUUGACUCAAAAAAUAAUUUUAAACUUUGUGAUUUUGGUUCAACUUCAACAUGCUUUCCUGUUGUUACAACACAUCAAGAUAUUGCAAUUUUGACACAAAAUAUUUACGUGCAUACUACUCCUCAAUAUAGAUCACCAGAAAUGAUUGAUCUCUAUCGAUGUUUGCCAAUUAAUGAAAAAUCAGACAUAUGGGCACUUGGAAUAUUCCUGUUCAAAUUACUUUUCUUUAUUACACCAUUUGAAAUGACAGGACAGUUUGCCAUUUUACAUUCGAAAUAUGAGUUUCCACGAAAUAAUUUUUCUUCUAAACUUAUAAACCUUAUAAUAAUCAUGCUUGCUGAAAAUCCCUACGUUAGACCUAACAUUUUUCAAGUGGUUACCCAUAUCUGCUCUAUCAUGGGAGUUGAUGUUCCGUUAGAAGAUAAGUAUGGUAAGGGUGCUUAUAACUUUGAGAAAUACACAAAAUUCCAGGCUAAUCUACAAAAUGUACAAUAUCAAAUGUAUGUAUUGCAGCAAAAGAGAAUGGAAAAUAAUGGUACAUUACCGCCCGCAGAUGAGGAGCUUUUGAAUGAACUAUUAUUAUCUGCCUUCGAGGUUUCUCCCAAAGUUCCUUCAGAAAUGGAGGCUGGGUCCCAGAAAGCUGACUACAAAAGUAUAAGGUCCGAUUCUGAUGUUCAGGCACGUAAGCCAUUGGAAUUCUAUGAGGGAGCUACCGAAAAGGAAGUUUUCAAUGACGAAUUGGAAUCCCCUUCUAGAACUCUCUCAGAAAGUGAGAGAAAAAGCAUCAAAAUCGAAGAUCUUCACUUAGAAAGUCCCAAUUUGGAGACGAUUAGUUCCGAAACUGUUGCAAAGGAUAAUAAUCUAAUUACAUCUGAACAAGCGAAGAUUCCUAUUAAAAAAACAUUGGUUCAGGACCAAUCUGAAAUCAGGUUUGAGAAGGAUAGAGACAUUGAUCAGGAUGAAUUUGAAGUUAAAAGCAAGCAAAAAAGUUUAACACCCCUAUCGAGUGAGGGCAAAUCAUUAGGCAGUAAUUCUCAUGGGGAUGGCUCUGAGGAUAACCAAAAGGCUGAAAACACAAUCAAAUCUGAUGUGUCAGGCAGCGUCAAACAACACAAAUCGAAUAAUCCCUUCCCAAAAAUUCUUCCAGGAUAUUCAGACUCAUCUACUGCCAGUGCGGUCUUUGUAGAGGAGCAAUCCCAAAAUCAAUACCCUCAGAUCUUUCCGGAAGGCCCUCACGAUGAACUACUGUAUAGAACAUCCAGUAAUAAUUCACACUAUCGACUUUCGCAAAGCCAACGAGUGUUUCAACCUCAGCCGCAUCAUGUUCAGCAAGUGAUAUCCCAACCUCAACCCCAACCUCCGCCGCAACCUCAGCCGCAACCGCAACCUCAGCCGCAACCGCAACCUCAGCCGCAACCGCAACCACAACCACAACCACAACCACAACCACAACCACAACCACAACCACAAACACAACCACAACCACAAUCACAACCACAACCACAGCACGUACCGCAGGGUGCCAAUAUAUCACAGAGUGUGCCACAAGGUUUCCAACCCAGUGCUUAUUAUACUGCAGUUGAACAGGUUGCUAGACCGCAGCAGCCUCAAACACUAACAUUUAGCAACCCACCCUCCAUAGCAAAACCAACCGUGCCAAAUGUCACGUACAAUUUCCCAAAUGCAGUACCAGGUUCAAAUGCAAACUUUUUUCCUCCUUUGGCAAUGCAAAAACAGCAAGAGCAACGUAUAGACCAUGACCCUCCCCCACUCCCCCGAAAAUCCCAUAAACAGACCUUAUCAAAUGAUAGAGAAGGUAUGCACAUGUCCGAUGGACGUCACGUAAGCACCGAGAUGAUGGUCUCUGGAUCGCUUCCGAACCUUGCAGAUGUCGAAGAUGAAGAAAAACCGCUGAUAGAGUUCUCUCCUCCAAGAGAUUCGAAAGUAGAUGAUCCUCAGAAGGUAACAUCCUCUGUAACUGAAAAAAGCCCCUUAAAACGUGGAAAUCUUGACUUAUCCUAUAACGAGAUGAAUUUAAGUCAGGAUGAUAUACAUAAGGAUGCGUCUCUUCGGAAUUUUCUUUACAAUGAGAAUCUGAAUAGCAGCAUCUCAAGUGAUAGUAUUUCACUGAAUUUAGAAGACGUAAAACAGGGAAGACGCUCUAGAGAAAUACUCAGAGAUCGUACACCUUCGACAAGGAUGAGCUCAUCUAGACGUCAAGAUAAGAAGUCGGGCUUAGAGCACGACAAGAGGCAUUUAGAAGUCAGCGACUUAAAUACUGAAGGUACUGAGCCCGGACGUAAGUCACUGGACCUUCAAUACCAGGAGAUUAGGUUUUCCUCCACUGAUUUUUCAAAUGAUGACAUGAGCGGCAAAUCAUCUAGGAAAGUAUCGCAUAGUUCGAAACAUAGGAAGCCAAUUGAAAAGAAACAUUCAAACAUGAAUUCUUCUGAACCAAAUGUUUCUGAGCGGACUGACUCUUCCAACAAUAGGAAUAGCAGCGUUAGGAAACACAGUGGUACUGCAAAAACGAACUCGCAAGUGAGAGAGGAUUUGGAGCGGUACAAGCGGUCUAACAAAAAGGGAAGUAAUAGCAGUGUGAACAUCAGUUCAAUGAACUCUGGUGCAUCUAGAAGACGCUCAUUUCAACGUACUCCAAACUCUUUGGAUCUCGACAGGAGCCGUAUUGAUUUGACGGGUUACAACGAUUCAUCGGGCAAAAGACGUUCAUUCUUUUCCGUAUUCAGAAGCAGUACAGAUAAGAAAUAA